AUGACUAAUUUACAAAGGACAGAAGCAAGUGUUGAAACAAUAACUAAACAUCAAAUAUUAUCUGAAAAUUUAUUGACAAGUGAUAAUGUCAUGAAAAAAUCUCAAAAAUUUAAUGGUUUUAUUAAUAUUAAUAAUCGAACAGAAAAUUUACUAUUUAAAGAUUGGUUUGAAUAUUUUCGUUUAUUUGCUGAUGCAUUUAUUACAAUGCUUGUGGCUAUUGACGAAUCAGAUAAUGAAAAUGUUUAUCAUCUCCAAGAAUCAUAUCAUGCGAAAUUAGCAACAUAUCGUAAAUUAACUAAUGAAACGAACGAUAUAGGCUUAACGUCAUGUACAAAUAAUUUAUUCCUUGAAAAAAAUAUAAAAAUCUCUUCACCAAAAUUGAGUCAGGAGUGGGUACCAUCGAUUCGUUUAGAUUUUAUGCCGGAUAUUAUACAACCAUUUUUAAAACGGCUCUUAGAAAUAAAACGAAAUGAUUUAUAUGAUCUAAUGUUAACUGGUACUGUUUAUCUUGUACCAAAAAAUCGAUGUUCUAGUAAAAUUAGUGAUAUAUAUGAAAAUAUUGAUAAAUAUUUGCAAAAUUUAAUUGAAGUAAAGAUGAAUAUGUUUCAUCGACAAAAAUUAUCAAAACGUUUAAUAGAGAGUGAACUUGGAGAACAAUUUUGUUGUUUAUUUGAAAAAUAUUUUGUGAUAAAUUACGAAUCAAAUGAAGAUUUCGAGACAUACGUGUACAAAUUUUAUAAUCAAUUCUUUUUAUAUGAUCACGAAAUAUUAUUUGUAAAGAAAUUAGUAUUUGAAUUAAUAACAACUGAUAAAUAUUUAGACGAAAAGGAUAAGAAUCAUCAUGUGUAUGAAAAACAAUCAGACAUUUCUACGUUCAUGCAAGCUCUAUCAAUGUUAGAUUGUACAAUGUUAUUUCUCGAAACAAUUAUAGAAUACAGUGCAAAUAAAGAUCUUGAAGAAACAAGACAAGAACAUGAACAAUUACUUGAAAUUUUUGCGUUUUUACUGCAAAAAAAACGUAAAAUAGCGUCACGACAAACGCUAACGGCGCCACGGCCGACUUUUGCAUUUUCAAAGCCAAAAAUAAGAACUCAAAGGCAAAACUGA